AUGAUCAAUCGCCAGGCAAGUCAUCCUAUUAUUCUUCAUGCCUCACCACUGACAGACAAAAGGAUCAUUCAAUCGCCUGACCAAAUAGUAGCUCUCCACGCUGCUUUAGGGAGAGGGCUGAAGCGCCAAACCAGAAAGCAAUCGGAAAUCGAGUCGGCUUUGGGUAAACGCAAGGAUUGGUUUCGAAACUUCCAGUCAAGCGAAGGCAAAACGCUGAUACCCAAGGAAGUUGAUGCUCUUGCGCGCAUCACCAAAGAUUGGGAGCUCCCGGAGCCAUAG